AUGCAGCAUCCGCCACGUCAAAAGUCGAAGCUCUCCUAUGAUAAAGGUCGAUGUGUUCCGGUCGGCUGGAAGCCACUUGUUGUCGAUGCUCGUGUGAGAAACUAUAUCUAUGCUAGAGCUAAACGAACGUGUUUGGAAGCAAGAGAUCGAGAAGCUCAGCGAAGAGCUGCUGAAGAACGGCAACGUGAGCGGCAACAAAUGAGAGAACGGGUUGACGAAGAUCUGGAGGCAUGCGAGGCGGAGCUGGAACGUGUAAAAGCACGUCGUGACGAGUUAGCUGCGGAAAAACACGAGUGCUUCACAAAACUUAAAGCGUGUUUGCAAAGAGAAUCUCUGCAAAAGAAAGCAGAAGAUGAAAGGAAGCGAAGAGAGUUACUCACCUUACAAAUUCAGCAGCCACUCCUCGCAGCAACCAUACAAGCCCAGGCUCAGGCGCAGGCUCAAGCCCAAGCGAAUAGUCUGAUCUCGAAUCAACAUCUUCUUACCCAACAGAAUCUGCUAUCGCAUCAUUUCUCCGCACAGAAUUUGUUGAAUCAGCAAGCAUUGCUGCAACACCAACAUCUUCUGGCAGCGCAAAAAUACCAAGAAUUGGCACAACAGGCACAACAACGUGGCUUAGUUCAACAGCAACAGGGUGCUCAAGCUGCACAACAGAGUUUACCGGCCGGAAUAAACGCGGCGUACUUGCAGCAGGCGCUUGGCCAAGUGCAGGGGCUUCUACCUGGUGCACCGGCGCCCGUUCCAGGCUUUGGUGCUAAUGUUUCUGUGACAAGGGGCACACCACCAAUCGCAAACCCAUUGGUGUUCAACCAGUUUGCCGUGGAGCCACCAAAGCCGCAAUCGCAGUCUGCCACCACACAGGCGUCGCAACUGAAAGCAGAGACGGCUAGCCCCCAGGUAUCACCUGCACCACAAACCCUCAACCAGCAGGCCUACGGUUUGCAAAAUCUGCCCGCAUUACACCAACGAUCUAGCGUAGAAGGUGCUGAAGAUGUGUGUCCAAUUUGUCUCUGUCCUAUGGAUGAAGGUUUCUCCAGACCUGAAAAUUGUCAGCAUCGAUUUGAUUUGGAGUGUUUGACGGAAUGGUCGAAGUUAAGACUCAGUUGCCCGUCAUGUCGAGCCGGAUUUGGAGCAAUUUACACCUAUGAAAUUAUUGACGUAAAACCGAAGCUUGUCAAGGUGCAAAAAAUGGAACCGCCUAAAGAGACGGAACCGUUCGAUGAAACGAAUCCGCACGACUUCACAAUGUGCGAAAUAUGCGCUGGAGGACAGCAUGAGGAGUUGCUGUUGAUCUGCGACCAGUGUGAUAAGGGCUUCCACACGUACUGCCUCACACCGCCGCUAGAUGGAGUACCAACCAGUGAGCAAUGGUUCUGCCCACGGUGUGAGCAAGCUCGUAAUUCACUUCCGUCAACGAGUCGCAGCACGGCCCCUUCGGCGAGAGCUGUUCGUUUAGUUCAAAGAACUGCACUUGCUGAGCGCGUUCGUCGACUUUUGCAGCGGACUCGGCGAGUAUUUGAUGUCUCGGAUGAAAAUACUGAAGAUGAGAGCGGUAGUGACGAAGAAGAGGAAGGAGAUGGCGAAGAGGAGGAGGAAGUAGAGGACGCAGUGGACUCCUCCAGUGAAGAAGAAGAAGAAAUGCAUGACUUCUUCGAUGACGACGCGCGUGUACUUGCUGAAAUAGAUAAUGAUAUUCGAGAUGAACCGACUCUACCCAGUGUGCAGAGGAGAAAGAAGCAAAAAGGUGCAUCAAAGAAAAAGAGUACCAAGUCGAGCAAAACAAAAAGAAAGACAGGUAAGAAAACUGGAAAAGGCAAAAAGAGGAAAACAAAGAGUAAACGUCACUCGAGAAAAUCUAAGCGAACAGUCGCCAAACAAGGUCCAAUGGAUGCAUUUGUUUCACGGCGUGGCACUAUACGUGAUCCAGUUGCUCGUCUCUCACUGCUCGGGGCAGGGUUGGAGCCAGUAGCCGAAGAGGAUCCCCUGAUCACAGAGAACUCACGACGUUUUGAUCGACCUCUUUUGCGUCGAAGAGAUGAGGAGAUCUCUGCUUUCAGAAACGAGGUGAUGGAAGAGGAGAAACCGGUUGUGGAUUCUUGCGAUUUAAUUGGUUCCAUAAUUCCGGAGCAGGUGAAGACACUUGCACCAGGGAGAUUGUUUGCCGUCAGAGGUGGUCGGUUUAACAUUACUGACGAUUUUGAAAAGUACAAUGCAAGACAAACGAACCAUCUUUCAUCGGAGUUGAAAGAGCGACUAGGGAUUCCUGUUGAAAAGAAUGUCACCUCCGACUGUCGUGAGAGAGCAGAUACUAACAAGUCGAGAGAUCUCUCAAAGGAGAAAAUCCAUCUGGAUGGUUCGAAAAGACUGACUGAGCAUAGCAGCAGUAACGAUAUGAAUUCUGUUCCACCCAAGACGUGCACUUCUGAUAGGAAUGCCUAUCGACCUAGUCUCAACUCUGGUAGAGGAGAAGUGACGAGAGAACCAAAAAAGGAAGUACUUCAGGAUUCUUUCAAGAGACCGCUCUCUAAUUACCGUGAAUCCAAACCUCAUAAUCGAGAAGAUCGCGGGCUAGGUGAGAGGCACAGAUACGAGCGAUGUAGGGAUGAAAGCUACACGAGAAACCGUGGUCCAACGUCCGAAAACGAACGCUACGAUAGAAAUAGCAGGGAAGCGACGAGAUGGGGUAAUCGGAGCCAGCCAUCGUCUCACAAUUCUCUCAGGGAUCAGGCAACCAACCAUCGCCCUUAUCAUCAUGUCUCAUCGUCGUAUUCCUCUCAUCACUGCCAUCGUGAUGAUCUCAACCGUCACGGGAACACCGUUUCAAAAGAUGUCGCGAAAACUGAGGAAUCUGAGCAGGAGGACAAGGUGGUAGUUAAGAAGCCCGACGAGGUGGAAAACAAAGAAGGUAUUCAUAAACAAACGGCCAAUGUCUGGAUGCCCAAUUUCAAUGGUUCAUCAGCAGCAGAAUCAUCAGCUAAAUCAGCAACAUUACCCAGUAACGUUGCUGACAAACGCGGAGAAAAAGAAAAGACAACAAAUGCUGAGGAUCGUGUGAAACUUAUUGAGUCUUUUGCAAAGGACGCGAUCAAGCACUACAAGCGGAGUAUCACUGUUGAAGAGUAUAAGAACGUAAUGCGUGCAGUAGUUCGUGAGUGUUAUAAGAAGAAAAUUCUGGAUGGCGGCAAAAUCAAGGAGAAAGUGAAUGAGUUCGUUCGAGCGGUGAAGAACGGAGAACAGCUAUCCGAACACCAUAGUUCGAAAAGGUCCGAAACCUCUGGUGAGCUCACUUCGAUAGUCCCAGUCAAGCGGCAGAAGUGCGAGGUUUAG